AUGCUCUGCACCUACAACGCCAGGACAGUCUCCACAAACGCCGACCUCCACGCUCUUCUCGACGCUGCAGAGCACAUCAACUACCACAUCAUCGCUCUGCAGGAAACGAAGUCCAGGAAGAAGGACGUGCGGCAGAUGAGUGAUGGGACCCUCAUCAUUCGUGGUGAAAAGGUUUCAUCACGAAACGUGGGAGGCGUUAGUUUUGUCGUCCACCCAUCUAUUGUCCAUCUUGUCGAUUCGCACGAGAUCCUAUCACCUCGACUAGGCAUCCUACGGCUACGCCCUCCACGUCAGAAGACCAUCAGCAUCAUCAACUGCUACUCGCCAACAUCAGCAGCUGACGACUCAAAACUAGAUGCUUUCUACGAAGACGUGGAGGAGGUCGUCCGCAACGAAAAGUCCUUCUACAAGAAUAUAGGAUCGGGAAGUUUGGAUACGGGCUCCGAAACAAAAACGGCAACCGUCUCGUUGGGCUCCUCUCCGCCGCACGACUCUUCCAUGGAAACUCCAUCUUCAUGA